GACACUCGGAGGACCCAGCCUAUCCCAGCAGGCCAUCCUCACGCCGCUCUACCCACGCCCUUCUCUAUGGUCUAGACGCCCAGCUCCCUUCAGCUCAGAUCUCGCGAGAUCCUCGACUUCCGCUAGGCGACCUUGCCCCGCCCCCCCGCGCCUGAUAGGCCGGAACGGGAGGUGGACAGCGCCGACCAAUCCGUCACCGCAGCUCCGCCCUACGCUUUGCCAUCGUCCUCGCCCCGCCUCCCUUGCUCCCGAUUGGCUCGCUCUAGGCUCGACCCCGCCCCCGGUGGGAGGAAGGUGACCAAUCAGCGCCGUUGGUAUUUUACAAACCGGCGGGGAGCUGCCGACUGCUCCUAGGGCCCUGGGCUGGGCUGAGCGGACGCAACCGAAUCAACCGGCAGCAGGUGCAAAUGCCAGGAAAGGUGCGGCAGUGACUUUGCUUGGUGCAGCUGUCAAAAAUGGCGCAGGUCAGGAAGGGUCCGGAAUGGGUUUCCUUGGCCCACCCACCUCAGGGCAAGGGGAACGGGAGCUGCUCCCUGGCCGGGAGCCACCCGCAGCUGGGAAAGGAGAAUGAGCCGUCUGCCUGGGACGGGUCAGACACGCGGAGCCGCAGCAAGAUCCCUGUCCUGUCCAAAAGCCGCCUGCCCCCGGACUUCCAGCAGCUGCACCAGGCCUGGGAGAGCCAGUUCCAGAAGGGGAAGGCUGCCGGUAAGAAGCCCUGUACGCAGACCUGUCCCUUUAACCUGACCUGCAAGGGGGACAAGUUCCACGUUGUGCCCUGCGCUGAUAUGGCUGCAGCCACGGAGCCGCCGGCGGGAUCCCCGGAGCCACCGGCGGGAUCCCCCAAUCCGCUGAGCAGAAGCCGGCCCAGAGGCCCCCUGGAGGAGAUACAGCUGGGGAGAGCAGCACAGAAGAACGUGCCAGGCAGCUGCGUCCCCAGUGGCAAAGAAGUGGAGUUUGUGGCUGACCCAGUGGCUUUGGCCAGCAUCCUCUCCAACGUGGGGCUGGCAAACAGCACGCUGGGUGUGGCCAGGAAACCCAGCCUGGCCCGCCGGGUCCCUCUGAGGGGGAGCAGGGGAAACUCACUCCAUGCCAGCGGACACGCACGGACUGUGCAUGGCUCCCUGUACGUGGCCUCGGGGACCCCUGUCUUGUGCCCGGAUCCAGCCCGCACCUCCUGCUUCUCCCGGCUGGCGCCUCAAGACGCAGCUCGUCGAGCCACACAGGAUCCUGCUCAGCACCGUGGCCUGCUCCUUAAAUCUCAGCAGAUCCAGGCCCUGUCGGCGACGCUGAGGGACCUGGGGUCCCGUGCCCAGCCCGCAGGGCACCUCACUCUGCAGAGACUUGGCGCAGGGGCAAAGGAGGCAUGUCGGGGGCACCCGCAUCCCAUUGCCACGGCAACGCAGAGCGAACCAGCCGGGAGCCAGGAAGAUGGCGGAACCAGGGACCAGUCCAGCAACGGCAGGCCGGGGUCCUCGAGCGAUGGCAAAGCGACCGGGGCCACGGCUGGCACUGGGGGGCAGAGUGCAACCCACAGCCGCGACUCACCCUCGAGGAGGGAUCCCAUGGGAGCGUCACAGACAGAGGAGUUUGUGCCGGACCCGGAUGCCCUGGCCAGCGUCCUCUCCGACAUGGGGCUGAGGCACGCUGCCCUGGGGCCCACGGGGAAGCUCAGCCUGGCUCGCAGGGUGCCAGUGAAGGGGCUGCGGGGCGUCCCACCCUCCUCUCAGGGGAGCACCACGGGCAGCAGGACCUCGCUGCUGAGACCUCAGGGCAGCGUCCCCCCGAAGGGCGACUUCGGCCGCAUCUCCUGCUACUCCACACUGGGACUUAAAGGUGUGGAGGCCCCGGACGGUCUCCAAGCAGCCCAGGGGGCUGGCACACCCCGGACCCGGGAGAUCAGCCGCUAUUCGCCCUUUGGCUCCGCCCGGAGGGUGCCCGUCACGCAGCCACAGUCCCUGCGCGGCACCUGCUUCUCCACCCGCUUCCCCCGCCGCCUGGCCGUCUUCCCCCGCACGCCCUGCACCGCGCAGGCCCUGGACAAGCACCCGGCCCAGGGAGCACUGCAGAGCCCAGCCAGGUGGGCCGGCGGCCUCUCCCCGGAGCCCAGAAGCUCUGACCCCGAUGAGGCGGCCCUGCCCUGGGAGAAGAUCGUGGUGCGUCUCUUUGGGGAUGGGGAGAGCCAGGCCGCCGUGGAAGCGUCGGUGAGGAAAGUGCUCGCCCCGCCCGGCGAGGGGAGCGGCAAGGCACAGCGCAUCGAGUUUCUGACCCGACUCCUGCGGAAGGAGGUGGAGGGGGCAGGCGGCUCCUCCAGCCUGGAAGAGCUCCAGAGCCUGCUGGCUGCCUGCGCCCCGUCACCUGGGCCCCCCCGGGCACCCCCUCCCCUGCCAGCAGCUGGUGUCGGGCUGGAGCGACUCCCCUCCCCCUCUUCAUGCCAGGAGCCUGGGCUGGGCCCUGCCAGCGGGACGACGUCCCCGGCCAGCUCCGCUGCCUUCCCUGCUGCGGGCACCACACUGACCUUCUCCUCCCAGCGGCCUGUCUGCUCCCACCCCCUCAUCCGCUCCCUGAGGGCCCCCACCGCCAGCGGGGGCGCUGCAGCGGCCAGGGCUGCCCCCCCCGCCAGCCCCCCGGCCCACGUGGCCCUGGUGAAGCAGCGGCUCGGGGACCUGCUCGGCGCCCCCCAGCGCUUCCAGGAGGCCUGCCUGGACGACGAGUGUGCCUUCUACACGGGCCGGCCCCCUGCCCUCCGGCCCCCUGCCCCUCGCUGCUGCACGGACCCCGUGGCCACGCUGCUGCAGGCCCAGGAAACCAUGCACUUUAUCCCCAUCAUGCAGCCGGCACCUGGUGGCCCCCCAGGGGAAGCCGGGAGCUCGCCCCAGGCAAACCUGCCACCCCAGCCCUCGAGAUGAUGGAGGGGAACCAGACCCGCUUGAGCCAGCGCCCACCUGGAUUCUGCCAUGGAUCUGCGCCCCCUUGGCAGUGUCAUCGCAGGGGCUCCCCCCAGCACAGGUGGGGCCUGGCAUGCCCCCUACCUGCGUCCCACGCUGAUGGAUGGGCCGGGCGGGCACCUCCUGUUCUUUUUCUGGGGGCACAGGGGGGCAGGCCCCAUGUCACCCCUGCUGCAGCCCAGACACCCCCUCCCUGCACUGGCCUGUCCAGGACCCCUGACCCGAGGGCUGCUUCCCUAGCCAGCCCCCCGGCUGGAGACGCUGCCGCGAGCACUGGUGAGCGAGCGCGUCGGCCCAGCUGCUACUCUGGCUGAGCCUGUCACGUCCCCCGUGCUCUGCGGCUGCCAGCCGCCCCCAGCCCGGAUCGCAGGCUCUGGGCCUCUCCGCCUGCCCCUGUGAUCUGCAGGCUCGUCAGCGGCCCCUGUACCCAGCCCCCAUCCACCCCUCUCUAUUUAUUACCAGCCCGGGAAGCAGCAAACUCCGUUUUGAAUGACGAGCUGGCUGUUACUAUGUCACUAAAAUAAAGUAUUGUUUACACUUGGC